UCUAACUACCAAAGAUUGCAAUCGUAUCUAGAGAUUUCCUCAAACAAACGAAAGGUGAUGAUUUCUACAUAAGGUUGACUAAAUUCUUAAAAGCGUAGUUCUUGAGACUUGAGUCAUGUUCUGGACUUUGACAGUGUGGUGGACGUUGCUGACCGUUGCAUCGGCGUCUACUCCAUUCGACGCCCUGAAUAUACACCGACCACAUGUUGACGUUAUUGCGGAACAGGACGGAAACCUCACACUUCUGUCUGGCUACAAUGGAAACAUUAGAAUUGCACCAGGGGCAAAUAAAACCGGAAGUGUGUAUUUUGACGGAGAAGACCUUUUCUAUCUGAUACAGCUUAUCGUCAGCCUCCCGCCAGUGUGGGAGGACCACUCUCCUUUCGGCUAUGUGGGGGAAUUCCACAGCGGUCAAAAAGUCAAUAUUCAAUUGAGAGCAUCAGAUCCCGAAGGAACAAAACUAACAUACUACCUGGUUAGCGGAGAGCUGCCACCAGGAAUCAAACUGGACUCAGUGAGGGGUACCCUGAAGGGGCUGGCCCCAAAUACAGAGGAGCUAUACACCUUUACCAUACGGGCCUUUGACGAACAUGGGAAACAUGCUGACAACGUGUUUAAGAUGUUAAUUCGGGGUGCUAACAAAUGCGACUCCAAUCCCUGCAUCCAUGAAGGACGCUGUGAGGAAAUAAGGGGAAGUUACACAUGUCAUUGCGCGCACCCGUACGGCGGAAGAACGUGUAACCUAGAUUGUAGAAGUAACAGUCUCGGCGUUAUACAAAGUAAAAGAUGGAUUCCUGACGCACAGAUGACCGCUCACAAAUCAAAUGGCAACUCUUAUGCUUACAACGGUAGACAGAACUAUGGGGGUUACUGGACAGGCGUCGAUAAAAGCUCAUGGUUGCAAGUUGAUCUAGGCAAUACAACUCGUGUUUACGGGACAGUCAUGCAGUACUAUGGGACUCGUUACUAUACAAGUUCCUACUAUCUACAGUACAGCACUGACGGAAACAACUUCAAUAACUACACUGUAGGAGGGCACUUAACGACAUUUUCGGCGGGAGCAAGCACUUACACCAGGCCACUUCCCGAACCCAUGGACGCCCGCUUUGUUCGAUUUAUGCCCCUUGGAUGGUAUUCCUCGUACGGACCAUACAUGAGAGUGGACAUUCUUGGAUGUCAUUACUAUACUCUUUAAAUAAAAAAGUGAACACCC